GGUCAACUGAAUAAGAAAUGAGAUAUCUCAAAAUAAUAGGCCAAACAAUAAAAGUCUUUUUAUCCUUUUAAUUUGUAUUUGUAUGGAUGUAUAGUUGCAUGAGCUUCCUACAAUACGAGGCAGUUAGGCACAUUCCCAAACUUUCCCUCCACUACCCUCCCAUUGGAAGACAAAACCAUGAAAGAUAUUACUCCAUUUGUUCAUAUACUUACCAAAAUCCAUUAAUUUCACCAAAACAACCAAAAAUAAUACAAUGACGUUCAUGGUGUAAAAUGUAAAUUAAUCUUGUACCAACUAUUCAUCUUGUUACUCAAAGAUAGAUAAUCUUCUUACACAUUUCAUGAAUCAAUGACAAAUAAGUAUGGAGUGGUAAAGCCUUUUGCAUGUGCCUUAUAAAGAUAGUUGUCUCCACCAUUGCAUUCUUCAACUUUUUUCCAUAAAAGGAAUGCUUCAUUUCUCAAAGUUUAUAAAUUAUAAUUCAUUGCCAUCCUAACUUUUUCCUUACUUUUUUCUUCUCUCCUUCAUAUAUGACCAAAUCAAGUCCUUUUUAGGAUAGGAGUAUAAUCAGAUUUCCUAUUAAACCAACCUAAUUACUCCUAUUAACUAGCAUUAACACUCAAAGACCACAAUUUCAUUGUCUUGUUAACAUUACCUUUUUCUUCCUCUUUUUCUCUCCUAUAGGAAAAUCAAAAUAUCUUAAUAGUAGCUUUGGUGGAAUUCCAUUCUCUAAUGGCUCAUAACCAAGAAUUAAAUUACCCCACUAUAAUUCCCCUUCAAUAUUUUCCUUAAAAUUUCUCAUUUUCAAUUAAAAUUCACCAAAAGUUACAUCAUUUCUCUAUUCUAGCAUCUGGGUAUUUGAUUCCUGCAUCUGAAUUUUUCGGGGUAUUCUUCAAAAUCACUUUUUUUUGACACCCAAAAGAAAAAGAAAAAGAUGCCAACUUUAAAUUUUCCUUUAAGGUGGGAAAGUACAGGGGAUAAAUGGUGGUAUGCAUCUCCUAUAGAUUGGGCUGCAGCAAAUGGUCAUUAUGACUUAGUUAGGGAACUCCUCAGGCUUGAUGGAAACCAUCUUAUUAACCUAACUUCGCUCCGCCGGAUUCGCCGCCUUGAAGCAGUGUGGGUUGAUGAAGAACAAUUUGAUGAUGUUGCAACAUGCAGGUGUGAAGUUGCAAAACAAUUGUUCAAUGAAUGUCAGAUUGAAAAAGAAGGGAAAAUCAAGAAUUCUUUGAUUAUUGCUGGUUAUGGUGGAUGGAUUUUAUACACUGCUGCAUCAGCUGGGAAUUUGGGUUUUGUGCAAGAACUUGUAGGAAAAUACCCUUUACUUGUAUUUGGGGAAGGUGAAUAUGGGUUGACUGAUAUACUAUAUGCUGCUGCUAAGAGUAAGAAUGUUGAGGUUUUUAAGGUUGUUUAUGAUUUUGCCGUUUCCCCGCGGUUUUUGGGUGGAGAAGGAGAGGUAGAGGAGCAAAUGGAGGAUGUUCCUUUGGGGUUUAAGAUGGAGGUGAAGAAUAGAGCUGCUCAUGCUGCUGCUAGAGGUGGGAAUUUGGUUGUUUUGAAGGAACUUCUUGGUGAUUGUACUGAUGUUUUGGAGUUUAGAGAUGCUAAUUGUUCUACUAUUCUGCAUUCUGCUGCUGGUAAAGGCCAAGUUGAGGUAAUUAAGCAUUUGAUAGCAUCCUACGACAUGAUCUCUACCAUUGACGAUAAAGGCAACACACCAUUGCACAUUGCGGCUUACAGAGGCCAGUUAUCUGUUCUUGAAGCAUUGAGUAAAGCUUCACCUUCAUCGGCUUCUGCAGUUAACAACGACAUGGAUACAUUACUCCAUGUCGCUAUUGUGGGUUUCCAAUCCCCUGGUUUUCGUAGACUCGAUCAACAGAUCGAUCUAAUGAAACAGCUAGUAAGCAGCAAAAGUUUCAUCAUCGAAAACAUUAUCAAUUCCAAGAAUAGCGAAGGGAGAACUGCUCUUCAUUUGGCCAUUAUUGGGAACAUACACUCGGAUCUAGUGCAACUAUUAAUGAAGGCACCCUACAUCAAUGUAAACAUCCGCGAUGAUCAUGGAAUGACCCCACUUGAUUAUCUUAAGCGACAACCAAAAUCGGCAUCAUCAGAGAUUUUGAUCAGGCAAUUGAUAUCGGCUGGUGGUAUCUCGAGCUGUAAAGACUAUGCUGUGAGAAAAGCAUUUGCUUCCCAUUUGAAGAUGCAAGGCGUCUGCACUAGCCCAGGAACCUCUUUCAGAGUGUCCGACAAUGAAAUAUUCCUCAACACAGGUAUUGACUGUUUGAUGAAUUCUACUGCAGGCCGGUUUUGUGGAGAACAUGUUCGUUUACAGUCUUCGACUGAGGCUAGCCGUUGCAGCUCGCCUACUAAGGACGACAAUAGAAUUCCCAACAUAAAGAAAUCAGGCCCAUUGCAGAAUGCCGCUAAGCGCCUGAAACAUAUGUUUCAUUGGCCAUCAGUGAAAAGGAAAGAAACGGAGAGAACUAAGAGAACAUCGGAGAAGGAAGAGAGUUUUUCCGACAAAAGAUGGAGCGCCUCAGACGAAAUGCCAAUCCCGCUAAGAGAGCGAUAUUCCAAUGCUUCCUGUCUUUCGAGUAAUAAGAGAACUCUCUCUGUGAGGAGUAACCUUUCGAGUCCUACUAACCGAAAGAAAAUGGCUUCAUGGAUUGUACGACACGAUGGCUUAUUGCACGAUCAGCUUAAGGUGAACCUUUCAGCACUUUCAUCUAGUUCUUCGGAAAAAGGGAAAGAAAUAUGUGUGAAACAUGAGAACGCAAGACCGUCUUGCUCAAAGCAAGUAAAUACCGAUGACAAUGUGACAUGGAAACAAGGAUCCAUGGACAAGCGAUUUGUAAAUCCGACUUUGUGCUUUGGGGGAUCCCACUUAUCAGUUAAGAAUUCGGUAAGUAAGCAGUGUACUAAGCAACCGGUUCAUGCUGCUGCGUAAGGUAACCAUCCAGAACCAAUCACCCUAUAGAUGGAUCGGUUAUAAAUCGACUUAGACGAUAGUUAUAAGUCCUAUAACUUUUGAGUUUCGUCACAACUCGUGAUCGAUUGUAUGACUCUGCUGAUCAAUUCUGAGAUGUUAGCUUCUAAACUAUAUCCUGUAUUAUAUAUGAAGUUUUAUUUUUGAUCAAUAAAACAAUGACCUUUGGAAAGGUGUUCAAAA